AUGGACCCAAAGGUGUUGGACCAGUUCAAUGAUGCACUCGGCCGCUUAAAAGCAAAAGAGUUCUUCCAGUCCGACUGGGACAUCGCCUCGUGUGCCGUCUUCUUCAUCUUCAUCGGAAUGGUCCUGCUGCUCUUCAUUCUGGUGCUGAUCCGCUGCUGUUGCUGCUGUGAUGACAAAGGGUCCAAGAUGGCGGCGCUGCGGCUCGGUCACGGGUGCGUUUGUUGCAAUGGGAUGUUCUGUUGA